AUAGACGAGUACAGAAGUAUAUAGUGGGAUAUAUACAGGCGGGAUGCUGAAAACUGUGACAACAGCAAUGGCUGCCGGCGAUGACGAUGUGCCAGCGAGCAUUUUGGAAAUAGAACUGCCAGCCAUUUUGCUCAACGAGAGCCUCUUCAUCGAGCUGAAUGGCAAUCUCACCCAGCUGGUGGACACGACCACCAAUCUCAGCCAAAUCGCGUGGAAUCGCAGCGAAAACGGCAAUGGCAACAGCAACGUUUUCGACCCGGUCGACGAUGAGCAAAAGCGGGCGGCGGUCCAGUUUUGGCUACUGGUCAAAAUGAUCGCCAUGGCCGUGGUGCUGGGCCUCAUGAUACUCGUCACCAUCAUAGGCAAUGUAUUCGUAAUUGCCGCCAUUAUACUCGAGAGAAACUUGCAGAAUGUUGCCAAUUAUUUGGUUGCAUCUCUGGCAGUGGCUGAUUUAUUUGUUGCCUGUCUUGUCAUGCCGCUUGGCGCCGUCUACGAGAUAAGUAAUGGAUGGAUAUUGGGACCGGAACUGUGCGACAUUUGGACGUCUUGCGAUGUCCUUUGCUGCACAGCAUCCAUACUGCACCUGGUGGCCAUUGCGGCGGACAGAUAUUGGACCGUGACCAAUAUCGACUACAACAAUCUGCGGACGCCGCGACGCGUAUUCCUCAUGAUUUUCUGCGUCUGGUUUGCCGCGCUGAUUGUUUCCUUGGCCCCCCAAUUCGGCUGGAAGGAUCCGGACUACAUGAAGCGCAUCGAGGAGCAGCACUGCAUGGUGUCGCAGGAUGUGGGCUAUCAGAUAUUCGCCACCUGUUGCACUUUCUAUGUGCCGCUGCUGGUGAUUCUGUUUCUGUACUGGAAAAUCUACAUUAUUGCCAGGAAGCGCAUCCAGCGACGUGCCCAGAAGUCAUUCAAUGUCACACUAACCGAGACUGACUGCGAUUCCGCGGUGCGUGAGCUGAAGAAGGAGCGCGGCAAGCGGCGGGCGGAGCGGAAGCGGCUGGAGGCGGGCGAGCGGACGCCCGUGGACGGCGACGGUGCGGGCGGCCAGUUGCAGCGGCGUCCCCGCAAGCGGAUGCGUAUAUGUUUUGGCCGCAACACGAACACGGCCAAUGUGGUGGCGGGCUCGGAGGGCGCGGUGGCCAGAUCGAUGGCCGCCAUUGCCGUGGACUUCGCCAGCUUGGCCAUUACGCGCGAGGAGACCGAGUUCAGCACCAGCAAUUACGACAACAAAAGCCACGCGGGCACCGAACUAACCACCGUGUCCAGCGAUGCGGAUGAUUAUCGCACCAGCAACGCGAAUGAAAUCAUCACGCUGUCGCAGCAGGUGGCCCAUGCCACGCAGCACCAUCUGAUAGCCUCGCAUCUGAAUGCCAUUACGCCGCUGGCCCAGUCCAUAGCAAUGGGUGGUGUUGGCUGCCUGGCGGCGACCUCGCCCUCGGAGAGGGCGGUGUCAGGAGCAGGAGCAGGAGCUGGAGCUGGAGCGGGAGCGGGAACGGUGGCUGUAGGAAGUGGAAACGGAAGUGGCGAGGAGGGGCCCGGAACGGAGGGCAAGAAUGCCGGAGUGGGACUGGGCGGAGUGCUGGCCAGCAUCGCCAAUCCGCACCAGAAACUGGCCAAGCGGCGACAGCUCCUGGAGGCGAAGAGGGAGAGAAAGGCCGCCCAGACGCUGGCCAUCAUCACCGGCGCCUUCGUCAUCUGCUGGCUGCCAUUCUUCGUCAUGGCCCUCACCAUGAGCCUGUGCAAGGAGUGCGAGAUCCACACGGCGGUGGCAUCGCUCUUCCUCUGGCUGGGCUACUUCAACUCGACCUUGAAUCCGGUCAUCUACACCAUCUUCAAUCCGGAAUUUCGACGCGCCUUCAAGAGGAUUCUCUUCGGUCGAAAGGCUGCCGCCCGAGCGCGCAGUGCGAAAAUUUGAUUUCAACUGAAGGAUAACGAGGACCAGUAUUUGUAAUUAAGGUCAGGCGAAGGAGAAAGCAAGGUCUAUACAGACGGGAAGGCAAUAUGCUACGGAAUUGGCAUUGUAUAAUGGCAAACUAGAGAGUAGAGACGAUGUUUUAGCAGUGACAAUCCUAACUAGCUGUAACUAAUUAACUAAAAUUCCUCACCACACACACGUGCCCCAAAAAGACAAAACGCGAAAUAUGUAAUGAAACAAAAGUUAAUUGUAACCGAAACCAACCGAGAAAUGAAAACGUGGAAAUACGGUAGCUGAUACUCACUAAAUCUAAGCUAUGCGUAUCUAUUAGUAACUAUAGAUAUUUCUAAAGUCUUCCCUGUGUCUUAAAGAAACCCAAAAGUAGUACGCUUAGAUACCCUAGAAACCCUAAGUAGGUCGGAUGAACAGUGAUUGGAGAUCGAAGAUAGUGAUCGGUUAUAUAUAGGCUGGGUCCAAAGAACUUCUUACGCUUUCAUAUUCUGUGUUAGUUAAUUGCGUUUAUUUAUAGCCUAGCUGCAAAAUGCUCAAUUAUUUCAAUUGGAUAAGCACAUUUACAUAAAGGUCAAUAUCAACAAAGAUUAACGAAUUUACACAGCUAACUCAUAACGACACUAAAACCAAAACCAAAAUGGAUAAGCCACUAACGCAGUGGCUAAUUAGGCAGUACACCCAACUUUAUUCGGCAAAAUUAGCAUAAAUCCAAAACCGAAAGCUGAACUUUCGUUACUAAUGUUUCUCACACACAUACACGUGCCAUUUGCAAUGCAGGAAGCCGCAACAAAAAGUUUGACCCAUGAUACAUGCAUUCAUGUUGGUACAGCAUCACAAAC